AUGACAACCACCGAAACGUCCACUGUGAAGGCAGUAGCCUUGGCUGGGGCUGGCGGGAAGCUUGGCAGGCGAGUUCUUGACGCUCUCGUAGAUGCAGGCUUCGACGUAACGGUGUUGGUACGCCGUCAAAGCAUCCCCUCUAGCUACCCACCUGGUGUUCGGGUCCGUGAGAUAGACUACGACUCAAUUGACUCACUACGAGAGGCCCUUCGCGGCAUCGAUGCCGUCAUCUCCACGGUCGGCAAGCGGAACGGGCUCGAAAGCCAAUUUCGCCUCAUCGACGCCGCGGUCAUGGAGGGAGUUACUCGGUUCAUUCCAUCUGAGUUCGGCGCCGAUCUUCAACAAAAAGAGAUCCGCACAUUUCCGACGUACCAAACCAAAAUCGAGGUUGAAGAAUAUCUUGAGAAGAAGGCCCGGGAGACCAAUCUCACGUACACUUUCAUAUACUGCAGCGCACUAUUCGACGAGGGUUUGGAUUUGGGUGCAUUUGCAGACUUUCAGGCCAAGAAGGUCAACUUUUUUGAUGGGGGCGCAACAACAUUCAACGCAACGAGAAGCGUUACAGUCGCUGACGCUGUAGUGGCUAUUUUGAACAAGCUCGAGGCCACCAAAAACAAAGCCGUUCGCAUUCGAGACGUCUCCAUGACGCCUAAGGAACUGCUGAAGGCCAUUCAAGGGCUCGACAAAAAUGCCGACUGGACUUCUGUCGCCAUUGACACUGGGAAGCUCGUUCAAGGAGCACAAGCCGAGCUAGCUUCGGGGAAAUUCAGUCCGAAGGCCUUCGCCGCUUUCGCAAUGAGAGCCACGUUUGCGCCAAGGUUGGCCGGACAGUACGGCGAUGACAACGACCUUCUUGGAAUCAAGGACAUUGCGAAGGAUGACCUCGAAAACGCAUUGAAGUCUAGAUUCUUAGUUUGA